UGAACCGGUAUAGACCGAGACAUUACUGCAGCUGAGGGGAAAGAAUGAGAGAGGGAAGAGGGUGAAUAAGAAAGCCACUAAAAGGAGAACGAGGAGGAGACAGGGAUUUUCUCUGACCUUGGGGUAUUUUGUCUGGAGCCUGUCUGUAUUUUCUAAUUCAGAGGAAAUGGAUCCACAGACCCCUCCCUCUCUGAGUCGCUCAGUGAUGGAGCCCAUGGCAGUGAGCACCUCAGUGGUCGGGCCGGAUGAGUUCAACCGCAACAUGCCGCGCAUCUGCGGCGUCUGUGGCGACAAGGCCACCGGCUUCCACUUCAACGCCAUGACCUGCGAGGGCUGCAAGGGCUUCUUCAGACGCAGCAUGAAGCGUAAGGCCAGUUUCACCUGCCCUUUCAACGGCAGCUGCUCCAUCACCAAGGACAACCGGCGCCACUGCCAGGCCUGCCGGCUCAAACGCUGCGUGGACAUGGGCAUGAUGAAGGAGUUCAUCCUGACAGAUGAGGAGGUGCAGAGGAAGAAGGAUCUGAUCCAGAAGAGGAAGGAGGAGGAGGCGGUGCGGGAGGCCCUGAGACCAAGGCUGAAUGACGAGCAGAGCCAGGUCAUCGCAUCAUUGGUGGAGGCACACCACAAGACCUACGACGACUCCUACUCCGACUUCUCACACUUCAGGCCCCCGGUGCGAGAGGGCCCAGUAACACGCAGUGCCAGUCGUGCAGCCUCCUUUCACUCGCUGUCAGAUGCCUCCUCAGACUCCUUCAACCACUCACCAGAGUCGGUGGACACCAAGCUGAUGAAAUUCAGCAGUCUAUUGAUUAUGUACCAGGACAGUGCAGGCAGCCCGGACUCCAGUGAGGACGAUGGCUCCAAGUUCUCCAUGUUACCCCACCUGGCUGACCUGGUCAGUUACAGCAUCCAGAAGGUCAUCGGCUUCGCUAAGAUGAUCCCUGGCUUCAGAGGGCUGACUGCUGAGGACCAGAUCGCCCUGCUCAAGUCAAGUGCCAUCGAGAUCAUUAUGUUACGCUCCAACCAGUCUUUCAACCUAGAGGAUAUGUCCUGGAGCUGUGGUGGUAGCCCUGACUUCAAGUACUGCAUCAACGACGUCACCAAGGCGGGUCACACUCUGGACCUGUUGGAGCCGCUAGUGAAGUUCCAGGUGGGCCUGAAGAAACUCAGCCUUCAUGAGGAGGAACACGUGCUGCUCAUGGCCAUCUGCCUGCUUUCUCCAGAUCGUCCAGGGGUGCAGGACCACGCUAAGAUCGAGGUUCUCCAGGACAGUCUGUCGGAGGUGCUCCAGGCCUACAUCAGGGUGAACCACCCGGGAGGACGGCUGCUCUAUGCCAGGAUGAUCCAGAAGCUGGCCGACCUGCGCAGCCUCAACGAGGAGCACUCCAAACAGUACCGCUCGCUGUCCUUCCAGCCCGAGCACAGCAUGCAGCUCACCCCGCUGGUGCUGGAGGUGUUUGGAAGCGAGGUGUCCUAGCAGCCACGCCGACCCCCACCACCACACCUCUGGUUGGAAGAGAUGGACAGACGAUCCCUCCCGUGAGGACCCCCGGGAGUUAAUUUGUUGAGUUGCUGGAUAGAGGGCUCAGUGAUGGAAGGGUCUCUGAGGGGGAAUAGCGGAAUGGACCGGAAAGUCACACUGUCACAGAAACGGUUUUGGUGGGUUAAUCAGGGUAUUAAGGGUAAAUAGAGGAGGAAGGGGUUUCGAUAUGGUUGUAAUUUCCCGUUCAUAAGAAAAAGGGAAUUUCGAACAGAAUGUAUUUAUAACUAAACUAUAAAUAUACAGUACCAGUCAAAAGUUUGGAUACACCUACUCAUUCGAGGGUUUUCUUAAUUUUUACU